CAGUCCGAGCAUUAACUUCCGAAACUCUUAACAUUUGUUGACCGUUUUAUACGACCUGACAUUAUGUCGCCUAAAGCGACUGGCAAAGUUGUGAAGAAAGUUGGGAAAGCGCAGAAGAAUAUCAGUAAGACCGACAAGAAGAAGAGGAAGAGGAGGAAGGAGAGCUACGCUAUUUACAUCUAUAAAGUCUUAAAGCAAGUUCAUCCUGAUACUGGAGUGUCCAGUAAGGCUAUGAGCAUCAUGAACAGUUUCGUGAACGACAUAUUUGAACGCAUUGCGGCUGAAGCGUCCCGUCUCGCCCAUUACAAUAAACGAUCGACCAUCACAUCUCGAGAGAUCCAAACCGCAGUGAGGCUUCUACUACCUGGAGAACUCGCCAAGCAUGCAGUCAGCGAAGGAACAAAAGCUGUAACAAAGUACACGAGCUCGAAAUGAGCUAAUUAAUACCA